UAGUCUUCCAGCCUGCAUUCUCAAAUCCUUAAAGAAGAAAAGCUGGUUAUUUAGUUCCAAAACCCAAAUGGCAUCUGGUUACCAAGUAGAAGUCAAGCUGUCUUCGGCCAAAGACCUGAAGAACGUCAACUGGCGAAACGGUGCACUCAGACCCUACGCCGUCCUUUGGGUGGACCCAAAUAACAAGUGCUCCACCAGGGUCGACGGCGAGGGUGACACGUGUCCGGUUUGGGACGAGACUCUUCUCAUCUCUUUGGCCCCCGGACCCAUCGAUGGCGAUUCCACUCUCUACAUUGACAUCGUCCAUGCCGGUUCCGAACCUGACACCAAGCCUCUUAUAGGCUCGGCUAGCCUCCCCCUCCGCGAGGUCAUCGACGAUGUGGGGCUGGCUGAGUUUGCCAACCGAACCCUGAAGCUAAAACGCCCUUCCGGUAGGCCCCAAGGUAAGCUGGACGUGAGGGUUUCCGUUAGGGAGCCAUACCAUCGCGCAUCGCAUUCGCACGAGCCGUAUUACAACGCACGGGUCCCACAGCAUUACCCUGGUGCUCCUCCCGCCUAUGAUGACCCAUACGCCGCACGGCCACACGAUCCUUAUUACUCGGUAGCCCCUCCCGCUGGCUGUGCUUCGUACAAUGCGCCACCGGCGUACGGUGAUCAGCAAGUGUACUACGGCCACAAAGGGGAGGAGAAGGAGAAGAAAAAGAGCAAGUUUGGAGGAAUGGGGACAGGACUGGCUGUGGGAGCGGCAGCAGGAUUGCUGGGAGGACUGGCAUUGUCGGAAGGCUUUGAUUACAUGGAGGACAAGAUUGCUAAUGAUGUGGACGAGAGAGUGGAGGAUGAUCUUGAAGAUGAUGACCACCACCAUAACCACGACGACGAUGAUGGCGGGGAUGAUGAAUGAGUUUAUUCCAUCAAAAGUAUUGUGUCGUGUUGCUUGACUUAUGCUUGAGUAUUUUGUAGCAUUUUGGCUUUUGUAUGUGUUUUUGCUGAAUUAAAAAAAAAAAAAAAAAAAGUUAAAAGAGGUAGAGAUUGGUGUACUCCUUAACUCAGACAGUAUUAGCACUUGGGAGCAGCACAUUAGGCUCUUCUCGAUGUUGUCGUUUCUUUUUUUGGUUUUUGUUUCUAAAGCUUUGUUAAUUACUACGUAUUAAUGUAUGC